AUGCAGCUCCAAUCCUUACCGCUGCUCCACCAGCUCCUCCUGCUCCUCCUCCUGCUUCUUGCUUAUCGCGCCACGCCCGCCCAUUCGCGGGUGAGGAGCAACCUCUAUCAGAGCCAUCACCAAGUCCAAGAUCAAGAUGCCGGCGAGGAUCCUCUGGUGCCCGCCAGCCUGCUGCUGGAGGAACUGCACCAGACCAGCGGUCAGCUUGUCAAUCUGACGCGACAUCACGAUGGCGAUACAUUCCACACAAGCGGUCUGGGCAGCGCCUGCAACGCGGACACCUGCAUCGGACUCUCGAGCGGCACAGCCUCGCUGGUGCGUCUCCCCAGCGAAGCCGUCGGUCAAGGCAACGGUAACUCACAGCAGAUUAAUGGACGCGAUCCGGCCUCGACCUCGUUGGCUGGUGGUCAGAGCCAGAUGGAGUUGCUCAGCCGCCGGUUCAAGCUGCAGAAGAAGGGUCGCCUCCCAGCAGAUGGGGAGCAGGAACAGAAUAGCUGCACUUGUCGGUGUCUGCCGUAUCUAAGGGCCUAUCGGGAGGAUCUGGGCAUAUGUGUGGACGAUAUCCACGAGUGCUCCCUGUCGCCCUUUGUGAGCGGUUCCUCGUCGGAGAAGAUACCCUUUGUCUUCCUGCCGCUCAAGGGUCAGAUCAUCUAUCCCAGCAGGGAGAUCAGCUUUGCCAGCAUCCACACACCCGUUUGUGCCGUAACGGGUGCCCAGUACUUGGGCUCCAAUGGCUGGUCGGAUCUGCGGAAUCCCAUUGACACCGACUAUCCCUUCCGGAUGUUCCGGGAUGAGGGACGCAGCUUCCUCCUCUGGCUGGGCGAGGCGGAUCUACGCCAAAAGAUGCAGGGACGCCUGAUUGUGGUGCAUUUAGUGUGCCGGGACAUGACAGUGGGGCUGAAUGCCACCGGUUAUCCCAAGGUUAAUCCUGGCGAAAGGGAGCCCCUGAUGCCGCCCAGAAAUGUGCACUCGCCGUGUGUGGCCUUUCGGGUGAACGGCAGUCCCGUCAAGUAUACGCACAAUGUCCCUGAGGUAUUCUUUCAGCCCGCCAACUCCACCACUCUGGCCUCCACCUCCGAUGGCAUGACCAUGAGGGAAUAUGUGGUCAUUGGAAUCUGCAGCCUGCUGCUGGGACUCAUCUACGUGGCAUCCGUGUUCUUGUAUCUGUACAUGAAGAAACGGAAGCGUCACAAUUCCCGCAAUUCAUUGGAUAACCUGGCGAGUGACAUAAAUUAUCCCAAGAAUGACCAGGUCACCUACGGGGCACCCUUCAGCCGCGUGGGCAGCAUUUACUCCGCCAAUAGCAUGGGCUUGGGUGGUGCUGGUGGUGACCCCAACAAUCGCACCAGCAUUGGCAGCCUCAAGGAGGACAUGGGCAUCGUGAAGAAUAAUCCUCUGCUGCAGCAUUUUCCGCAGCUGAGCGAAAGGGAGCACAAUUCCGGAUUUGCCAGCGAUAUAUCCAACUCGAACUCCGAGUGCGAAAUGGAGGAGAAGAUCAAGACAUCUGUUCUGGUCCAUCCGCAGCUCAGCAAGUCGCCCAAGCCGUCGGAUAACUCCUCUCUGGAUACGGAUGACUUCCGGCAGGAUAACGAGUGCCUGCCCGCCGAGAAUGUGGCCGUGAUCGAUGAGCUGAUGAGCGAGGAGAAGCUGGAGAAUCUCCGGGCCAUGGUCAGUGGCAAUGUGAGAAAGAAGCUCUACUUUAAUCCAGCCUACUUUGAGCCUCAUCUGCUGGCGGAACCCCCUCAAGCAGCCAUUGAGUUUCUGCAAAAGAUCCGCGAGGUCAUAGCCAUUGCCAAGUACAAGAUGGCCGCCAAGCGGUAUCAGCCAUCCCUGAAUAUAAUUCCGGAGGAGCUGCAGCAUGAUUCGCCCAGCAGCAGUUCACCCACCAUGUUUAAUAUUCCGCUUCAGCAGAGUCUGGCGGCCACCAAGGGCAUCGGAGACAAACGGAACAGCAUCGAGCAAUGGCUCCAGAGUGUGCCCAAUUCGGAGGCUUCGGCUGCUCCAGUCCAGAAGACACCCACGACGCCGGCCAAAAAGGGAUCCGGAUCACCCAGCAAGGGAUCUCUGCGUAGGGAGAUCACAGCGCCCAAGGAGCGACCGCCACCGCCGCCCUUGGCCAAGACCAAGACAGAGGAAUCUCUAACUCCAGCUUCACCACCGGCAGUUACUCCCAGUCGGAGUCCUGUGAAGAGCAAUCCGGAUUCUCCCAAGUCCAAGUCUCCUGGGAGCAACUCCUUCGAGAGCUUCUCCGCCUUCUCGGUGGCCGCCAAUGUGUAUGGCUUUGCGGAGACUGGUGGCGAGAUCUACAACAAUCCCAAGUUCAUGCUGGCCGACUCGCCGGCUGCCUCGCUCCGCAGCGCCUCCAGUCGCUCCAAGUCGCUGCGGAAGCGCAGCGAGGUCCUGGAUCAGUUUGCAGCUGCCAAUUCCACGCCCACCUCGCUCACCUCCUUCGAUCGGCAGCACUACAACAUGCUGAGGAGCAUGAAGCCAGCGGAGGUGAUCUACGAUUCCCUGAAGCGGGAGUUUGCUGCCCACAUUCCCACGCCGGACUAUGACAGCACCAUUGAGAAGAAGAUCAAGGAUAUCUACAGCAGCACCCAGAGCAGCAUUCCCUCAGUGCCCACGCCGGACUACAGUUCCCUCAGCCGAAAGUCCCUGAAGCAAUUCCAGCCGGACUCUCCCAUAUACCGCCGUAAGUCCCCGCAGUAUCUGAUUGUAGACUAUGAGACGGACAGCCUGGAGCGACUGGAGCCCAGCAAGCGCAAGAGCUCACACUCCUCCAGCUCACCGUCGUCGGAUGUGAGCUCCCAGCUGAGUCCCAGUUUGAGCACGGCCCUGCCGCUGGAGGAGGAGAUGGAGAUCAGUCACACGGUGUACGAUCGGCUGGACGGAUUUCGCAAGGAGGGCGAGAUGAAGAUGAAGCGGCUGGCGGGCAAGCACCAUCACCAGCAUCCGCAUCCCGUCCAGCAGCAGCGGCAGCAGAAGGAGGCGGCGGCCAGGAUCAAGUAUGACACUCCCUUUCGCGGCAGCAUGACCAUCGAGGUGGAGCACGAGCCGCCCUCGGAUCUGGAGCGCACGGACAGCGAUCAGUUUGAGCCGGACACACUGGACCGGAAGCCCAAGAAGCAGAGCUUCUGCGAUAUCUCCGCCUGGGAUGGCCACAAGCCCAUGGACACGGACUUCAAUCAGAUCAACUCUCUGCCCGAUCUGAGCCGCCAGCAGAUGAUGAGUCCGGUGCCCAGCAGCCCGGCGGCCAUCAAGCCAAGGACAGCCUCGUUCAUCCUGCGGUCAAGUAACUCGUUCAGGAAUCUGCGGGAGAUCUACGAGUCGCCCUUGGUGGCCCAGCAGGAGAGCUGCAAGUGCGAGAAGAAGCCGACGCCGGAGGAGGAAGGUCGGAUACUCACCCUGGAGGCGAAGCACUCGCGGCGUCAGCGCGGAAUGGGUAUAGAGACCUCGCCCACGCACUCCGUGGUGGAUAUCACCAAGGCGAACAAGACCACCAUCCAGAUUUCCUCUCCCAAGGCAGAGAAGGCCACUGCUGCUCCACCAGCGCCACGGCCCAAGGCUAGCAAUCAGCACUAUUGCCCACCACUGCCCAACCAGGGCAGCAAGCGUCCACUGCCACCGCCUCCUCCUCCCAGCUCAGCAGAGCAGCAGCAUCAACAGCAUCAUGCGCCCGAGGAGGAUGCCUACAGCCUGCACAGCGAGGUGACCGAGGUCACCGGCGUCUCGGAGUUUGACAACAACACCAUGUCCAGUGCGAUAUCGGCCACCACCGAGGAGCGGACCCACACCAAGGGCUCCACCAGGACACCAGCAGCGGUCAAGGGAGGAGGUAAAGUCCAGGACGAGGAUUAUGAGGGAAUGUACAGCAAGAAGAUCAAUAGUCUAAGGAAUGACUACAGUCUUACCAAGUAUCUCAAUCGGCGGAAGAGCCAGCGUGAGGAGGCCUCCAAGGGGGGCCAGGAUGUUGCUCCAAAAGAAGCCCCAGAACCCGUGGAGUUCCCUGGCAACAACAAGAAUCUUAAGGACGUCGAUCUCGUCCAGUUUGAUGCAUUGAGCGUAAGCUCCCGGUCCAAUCGGAGCAGUGGUCAUCUGUCGGAGCGCACCAAGGAGAUGUAUCGCAAUGCAGGAGUCCCCGUGGGCAUUGCCUAUCCCCAGCGGGCAGCCAGCAGCUCCGGCGGUCCCAAUUCCGGGGGAAAUGUCCAGACGGUGUACCGCUGUGAGAUCGAACAGGCCCAGCUCACGGCCGGAAUGCAGAUUGCCAUUGGGCUGAAGGAUCGGGCCAAGAAGGCCAAGGAUCUGAAGAAUGCGUGGCGCAAGUUUGUCACAAUGGCGGCCAAUAAGUUCAGUCCCAGCCAGAGUCCGGCGCCCACCUAUGGCAGCAAGAAUGCAGCCGGAUUCCUGGAGGACGACGGCAUAGCCUCCAUUAUCGAGGAUGCGGCUCAUAGCGCGGGUAUGGGACAACCCGGUAGCCAGACCUACUACGAGCAGCGUUUUGGGCAACUGGACAGCGGCUACAUGAGCACCGAUUCCACGGAGCUGUACAAGCGCAAUGUCUACGAUCGGUACAACUUCAAGAUGCUAUCCGGUGGCCGAGGGCAGGUCAUUCGCGUGGACACCAUCGAGGACAACGAUGAGGAGGAGAGCGGUCCGAACGAUAGUCGUUUUGAGGAUCUGGAGCAUAUGGUUUCACCAGGACACAGUCGUCGAUCUCCGGACACCAUGGGCGUUAUGACCAAUGGCGACAUAAGUGACGCCGACUCCGACAAGACCCUCACGCGUACCCACUCCCAAACGAACUCCCAGGAACUGAAUGUUCGCGGUAGCACCACCACAAUGUCUUCGUACUCCUCCGAUGAGAAUGGUGGACGGGGGCAUAGCACCUGCUGCGGCUCCUCGGAGACGGACGAGGAGACCAAUGCGGAGGACAUGUGGGAGUCCGGGGCGGAGAGCAUUGAGACUCACUCGGUGCUCUACAAGAUGAUACGGAAGAGUUGA